AUGCCCUCCUCUUCUCCGCAGCCCCCAUCUUCCUCGGCCGCCUCCUCCUCCUCCUCUAACCCUUUUCCUCCUCCCGCCUCGUCGAAUACUCCCGUCUCCGCCUUCUCGCCGCCUCCGCCGCCGCCGCAGCAGCGCUAUUUGUACGCGGCCAACGCUCCUUACCCCUCGGGGGGUCCUUGUUACCCCCAUAAUCAGGGGGGGGCUUAUCCGUCGGCGGUGCCUUACCCCGGAUCGCAGCCAAAUGGGUACAGCUUCUAUUAUCACUACCCGCAAGGCGGCAACGGGCACCCAGCCGGGUUUACGGGAAGGUCGAAUUACCAGUAUUAUGCCGUAAAUCAGGGACCUGUUUGGUGGCCGCCACAGGCGCCGAUGCCCUAUCCAGCUUCCUCCUCUUCCCUAAUGGUGCCACAGCAACCGCCACCGCCGAUUGUGGAGCACCAACAGGCAAUCACUAUAAAAAACAACAUUAAUCUGCACAAGGACACAAUCUUACUCCAGAGAGAUGAACAGAAUCCCGAUCACUGGCUCGUCUCCUUCACCUUUGAUGCCUUGCUUGACGGGAGGUUAGUCUAUUCAGCAACUUCUAUUUUUGUCCUUUUUUGUGAGAACUUUUUGGUUGGCAGUUGUGAGCAAGGGAUAGAAAUUUUUAGAAGACAAAUCUCUUGAUGAUUACGCAAAGUAAUUAAUAAGUGUAAUCCACUAAAUGAUGAUUAAGCGUCUCCAACAUGACAGUAUGCUAUCACAUAGAUACUCACCUAUCUAACGUUUGCAAAGUGGCGCAUUUAAUCUGUAGCCCUCAAUGACUCAGAAAAAUUGAAACUUGAGACAUUAUUUCAUGUCUGUGAUCGUGAUAGACGCAUUUUUGAACCGUUCAGUUCUGAGGGAUUCUUUCUGCUUGCGGUUUGCCAUAUUGUACUUUUUUUUUGGUUACUUUCUGAUGCUGAACUGCCAUAGAAAAAUCAUAUGUGGUAGUUGGUCAACUGUAUUGGUAUUAUUUUCUUUUCCUUUUUAUUUCUUCUCUUGUUGGAGGGGUGUGGUUUCAUGCAUCAAUGUUGAUAUUCGCUGCACAAACAAAAACACGUUUGCACAUCAUCGUGUGAUCCUAGUAGUUACAGUGACUGAGGAGAUGACCCACUAUUUCUCUGCCUAGAUGAUGCCUACCUUUCCUUAAGGCUCCAACAAAAUUCAUGAUGUAUAGUAUCAACUACUGGUUAUAGGUAUAAGUUGAAUAGGAACUAUUCCCACAUGUAUAAGUUGAAUAGGAAAAACUUCCAAUUUAUGAAUUCGUAUCGAACAGUCCAUUGCCUAUGGUAUAAAAGUUUAAGCAACUCAUUUUGGAUCAUAUAUGAAGAGAUUCUUUAUUGGAUUUGAAUCCUUUUUAUGUGUUUGGCGAACGUCUCACUGUUCUUGCUUAAGAGCUUCAAGUGUUGCUUUCAUGAUGAUUUAUUUCCAAUAUAAGUACUGAGCGUUUGCAAGGGUUUCGUUCAUUAUUUAUGGUUAAUUUCCAUAAGCUUUUAUCUUCUAUCAAUCUUUUAGGUCCACGCUCAUCCAGAGUUCUUGGGAUGAUAAUAAUGAAAAAGAAAACUGCCAUAUAUAUUUCACUAGAACCAAUUUUCAAAAAAUGACAGAAUUGGGGACACCUUUAAAACAAACAGAAAGUGUUUUUCUUGUUAUGCACUUAGUAGGAAUCUUAGAGUUAAUCUUCUGAUGCUACUCCUCGUUAACAAUGGAAAUGACAAUAUCCAACAUCCAUAAAGCGGGAGUGAUUUGGAGGUUUAUAUCCUAAAAAAAUUUCAACAGAUAUCACACAGUAAAAAUGAGGAUAAGUGGAUUUAAGGAACACAUGUGGUGAUAAAGUUCGGUAAUAAUUGGUUUUAGAUGCUUAGACUUCAUGGUUCAGCAGUCAAUCUCCAGCACUCCUUGAUUAGAGGGAUGUAAUGAUCUGUUUGUAAGGCGGCCAUGGGUAAGGCCUCACAUGAAAUGUUUCAUAAGUCGUCCCAUUUCUUCUUCACAAUGUAGGAAAAUGUGGCCCUUUCAUGGAUCUUAGACUCCUUGCUGUUUUAUUUUCUAAUUAUUUCUUUAAUUUGUGGAUCAUAUUUAUAUGCAAUCUCCUUUCAGUAGCAUUAUUCUCUUUUUGACAUUUUUCCGUUUAUAGAAUUCAGCAAACCAAGCAACUUUCUAGAUUACAAAGCUCUCAUUUUGGAUGACACUCUAAUGUGCCUGUCAACUUAUCUGGAUUAAAAAAAUCCACAUCUGGAAAUGGGGAUUACCUUCAAUUGAGAAGUUAAUUGUCAGGGCUCUUCUGUUUCGUUCUUUUCUUUCUCCUGUUUCUUUUUGUCCAUUCUAAUAUCCUUUGCCCGCUUGUAAUUAAGUUAGAUAAAGUGGAGUUCAGGCUUAAUCUGUUAGAAUAGAGAGAUUAACUGUUGCUCUUCCCAUCUCCAUUUGCGUAGAGAAGAUGGAGGAAGGAUUUAGAAUGGGAGAGAGUACAGGGGAGAAGGAAUGAGGUGCAGCCUUCCCACUUUUUUUCAUUUUCUAUUUAGUUCCAUUUAGAAGGGAAUGUUGGCUCUGGGCAUCUUUCACAUUUUUAGAAAUGGGAGGGGGGAGGCGAUACUGUUUGAAUGGGGGCUACAAUGUUUUGUUUUCUUGCCAGAUGGGGUGUGUGAGUUGAGCAAGACUGCCCGGGAGAGAAGGGAGAGAGUGGCUGCUAUAGUCUGUGAAGGGAGGAUCUCACUGCUCUGCCAGAGCGCUCCAAUCCCCUAGUCCGUGGAAACAAUUGAGAUUAGCUACAAGAAUCCCCGACAUUGGUGGCAUGAUUGGGUUCCCAACCGCUAUGGCUACAGCCAUGCUCCUUUUGCUCACUGCAGCUGCAGCUAUUGCACUAGCUUCAGCGAGCUCAUUGCUGGUGUUCACAAGAUACGGGUGGAGCGUGGCAAGUAAGGAGGUAUUUUCAGGUUCUUUGACAUGAGCUUCUGGCAGCCAAAGUUUAUUCAUAGCCAUAGGUGUAGGGUGGGAGAAUUCUGGGGUGAUACAGGAUGAGGUUUGUGGGCAGUAGAGAGUUUUUUGGGAGGGGGGGUAUUGUGAGUUAUGAGUCAAAUUAACACGUUGGGUUAUCUCAUAACCCUAGUUGAGUCGUUAAGUUGUAUUUGUCUUGUAGGAAUUAUUGGAGUUUAUCCAAAAUUUACAUUCCUGAGGACUUAUAAUCAAAAUAAAGGACUUUUCAUAUUUAAUAGGGAUCUGAAACCAAGCGACCCAUUUCAAAAAAUGUGAAAGUUUACGUUUCGACUUGAUACAUGUCAUAUCCCUCAUUAUUCUCAACUAAAUGCGAUUCAAUCCAAUACUAACGUUAUUGACCUCAGGAUAUUGCCACCCAGAGAAUAGAAAACAAAUAAAUUGGGUAACAAAACAUUUUGAUUUAAAACGGAAGUAAUAUUUCUCUCUCGACCAAGAAAGAUGGUGUAAUUUCGUUGAACUCAGUUCUUAUGGCCUUAUUCCGCAGAGAUGUCCUUUAUAUAUAAAUCAAAGAUAAAUGAAAUUACUAUACACAUAUAACGUACAAAAAAUCAUAAAAAUAUAUAUUAUCUUAAUUUUAUAAGAAAAGACAUGCAUGUAAAAAUAUGAAAAUUACAAAAAUAUUGUUCAAAAGAAUGACGAAUUAACUAUUUUCCAUUUAUGCUCAAGUGUCAACUUGGGUUGGGAUCUUGUUCUAUCGUAUGAUCCGGCAGCAUUAAUGCAUCACAUUGCCUGUUCCUAUAGCCUCACACACUAUGAAACAUGUCACAUCAGCCAACUGUCUUAGUGUUUCAUGAGGCAAAUUCAUGACAGAAUGGUUUAUAGGGACAUACACACUCUGUGUCUGGGCUGAUCACCUUGGGGAUGUCUUAAGAACCAUGGUACAAUAAAUGGGCUAAUGGAUUGCUAUCUUGUAUUCAUUAGUCUUCCUGAAAACAUUAAAAAUUCAAUCAAAUGAAGAUUUGACAAAAUCUUGAUUGGACUAAUGCAGUUAAUCAGUUCUCAAUUUGGAUGCUGCCCUCCUAUUACUAGAUUGACUAAAAGUUUUUUAAUCUGAAAUAAUCUAUUUGACUCUUUACUAAAUUUACUGUCUCAACCAAAAAACUUGCUAAUUCAAUGUUCAUAUUAUGUUUUAUUGCUCUUUGUAUUUGAACCUUCUUUUCCUGAAAAUAUCCCUUAUUUCAAAUUAUUCAUCAAAUUUAAUUUUGUUUUCUUCCCACUCGUAGAAAACUCCUUCCCACUGCCCCUUAUGUAGAAAUACCUUUGGCUAGCAUAUGCCCAAUCCUUGUUUUUACUCUGUUACCUAGUCCAUUUGACUAUUUAUCAUUCAGCUCUAGAUUUCUUGCAAUAUUCCUCUUUUAAGGAUCUUUCCUCAAUGAUUCUUCCAUAUUGUGAAGAUGCCUUAACACGAUGAUAUUCUUCACAAUAUUUCUCUUUCAAGUAUUUUUCCUCAAUGAUUCUUCCAUAAUGUGGAGAUGCUUUAAGACGAUGAUACUCAAAAUUUGGCAUAGGACUCGUGCAGUGAAACAUGACUGAAGUUACCAUAAUUAGGUCCUUUUAUGGCCCCAUCCUGGGUGGACAGAACGGCAGACAAAUAAUAACCUGUAUCAAAGAUGCCUUUGAGAACUAGUGCGUUAUCUGAUAUUUGCUAAAAAAUAAGAUAGGCAUUUAUAUGUUUUGAUCACUAUUUUAAUGAUCUAUUAUAUAUUAUAACAGGGAGGGACACAACUCUUUAAAAUAUUAAAAAUUGUUAUGGAUUUUUCUUAUCAAAUGGAUAGUCAUAUCUUGCUUACUAAAUGGUCAGUAAUUUUCCAACGAUAUUAUAUUGACAUUAUAGCAUCGCAUUCAUCUUGAUUGUGGGAUAUUAGAACCUUUGUGAAGUCUAAAAUAUCUUCUGGACAUGUGAGAGUAGUUGGAAAAUCGGCUUAUCCUAGUCGAUGGUGACAAAAUCAUAUGGGAUCAUGGGUUCCUGAUCUCAUUAAUCCAUCUAUUUUUUUCUGGAGGGUAGACUGGCUACUGCUUGAGGAAGAAGGCAGUCGCAACAUUAGCAGAUGGUGGGAAGUUGGUUGGAAAGAAUUAGGACGAAAAUUUACUAUGCCCACUGUCAGUGCCAUCCGCUCCUUACCUAUCGGCAGCUUGGAUUGACUUAAAAAGUAUCAUAUAUUUAUGUUUUUUCUAUUUGAAAAUUUUAUAAGUAUUUGUAUAAAAUUGAAAGUGUUAUUUUGAUUUUAUUUUAACCAUGUUGGUCGUCUUGUCCCCUAGGGCCAGUUGACUGGUCUGCCUGGAUUUCUAUCUGCAUCACAUUGAGCAUAGGUCGCCAAGAGUUUAAUCCUUCCAUGAAUAUUCACGUUGCUGAUCUGUUCAGGAGUUCUUUUUAUUCAAAGCAGGUUCUUUUUAUUCUACUACCUGUACCUUUACUAAGCUUGUGUUUUUAUUUGCAGCAUCACAAUAUACUACUUUGCUAAAGAGGGAGAGAAAUGUAAUAUCUUGCCUAUGGAUCCUGACAUUUACACUCCUGUGACGGAAAACUUUCAAAAAGGGAUUGGACAGAAAUUUUGUCAGUCAUCAGGUCAUGGGAUUGAUCUUGGAUUCUUUGAGCUGGAUGCCCUUUCAAAGCCGUCUCAAGAGGAUGUCUUCCCGCUUGUUGUAAGUGCCAAGACAUGGGCAGAGGCGACACCCACCACUGACGAGCAGCAUCAGAGUCCGGCACAUUCUGGGGCACAAAUUACACAAGCCGUGAUAGAGAAAACUAAUGACGACAAAUUAAAAGUGAAGGUGAUUAAGCAGAUAUUAUGGGUUGAUGGCGAGCGAUAUGAACUGAGGGAGAUUUUCGGCCUUGCAAGCAGUGCAAAUGAUGAUACCAAUGGGGAUGAUUUGGGGAAAGAAUGUGUGAUAUGCAUGUCUGAACCGAGGGAUACUGCUGUCAUGCCUUGUCGGCAUAUGGUAAGCUCUGGAUCAUUAUGUUUUUAUACCUUUUUGGAUAAUUAUAUCCCUCUGCUUCUGAGGCGUGAUUCCUCUUUUUUUUUUUUCUUUUUUCCCUUCAUUUCAGUGCAUGUGUCGUGAAUGUGCGAAAACAUUUAGGCUCCAUUCAAGCAAGUGCCCAAUAUGUCGCCAACCUGUUCAAGAACUGAUGGAGAUAAAGGUAAAUAAUGGGAACUCAUUGGGACCCAAAGCAUAA